UACGAAAAAAACAAAUAGCAGCAGUGAUCAGAAUUUAAGAAAACGAGUUACAAAGAUUCCAUCUGCCUGGGGAUUUAAAGAAUUUUUAGGGAUAUGACGAAUUUGAUGACGAGAGAGGGCCUUGGUGUCUUUCUCGCUUUGAUGGCAGUUUUCGUUUGUGAUCAUUAUGCAGCAUCUUUCCUGCUGAACCAGGCCACGAGGGCCUAUCAGCCAGCUCCAUUCGAUAGAUCCGUAGUAAAAACUUUCUCUACUCCUUUCUCGGCAUCGAGUGGCAGAAAUAACGAGCGGGAUAAUAAAAACAAUUCUCGAAAGCCUAAGAAAUCGGUAACUGAUCGAUCGCAAGAAGAAGCAAUCAGCCUGAUUCAAGAUAUUAUUCGAGCGGCAGUCGAUGCGGGUCCACAGGCAGGACCUGUUCGAACCUUACAAGCCUACAAGGCAUUUUCAGAAACAGCUCGCGAGUUCCUUCCUCGGUUUGGACAAUCACCUCCUGUGUUCUCGGCACCCAAAGCCAYACGGACCCUUUUUGAAAAACUUGGUGCAACUUACGUCAAGUUGGGACAGGUACGUCUCUUGCAUGGCGUGAUGUGCUUUCGAUUAACAUGGAAAUUUGCGAGAUUUCUGAAAGCGCUUUCGACUUGCUGUUGUUGCUUCAACCCGUUCGGUAGUUCGUAGCAUCGAGUCCCACUAUAUUUCCUAAAGAAUACGUCUUGGAGUUUCAGAAGCUCUUAGACAAGACCGAACCUGUCGAGUGGCGAAUUAUCAAACGCGUCAUUGAAAAGGAUUUAGGUCCAAUCUCCAAGACAUUUGAUUUUGUUGACGAGAAACCUCUYGCCUCUGCGUCGAUUGCUCAGGUUCAUGCAGCUAGAUUGAAGACCGGAGAAGAUGUCGUCAUUAAGGUCCAAAAGCCAGGUAUAGAUGCGUCUCUCAAAGCUGAUUUGAGUUUUGUCUUUGUAGCCUCACGUGUUUUGGAAUUCCUACAGCCUGAUUGGGAAAGAACUUCCCUAUCCGGAGUGGUUGGAGACAUUCGAUCAUCCAUGUUGGAAGAAUUGGAUUUUACUAAGGAGGCUAAAAACACGGAAGAAUUUCGCCGAUACUUGGCUCAGAACAAUCUUUUGAACAAGGCAACCGCCCCAAAAGUGUAUCAAGAUUUUACAACUAAGAAGGUCUUUACGAUGGAACGCCUUCGUGGAGUCUCUAUGCUAGACGAGGAAACUCUUACCAAGGUGACAAAAGAUCCGGAGGUAGGGCAACAGGCAAUAAUAUCGGCGUUGAAUAUAUGGACGCAAUCGGUGAUGCAAAUGCCAUGGUUCCAUGCCGAUGUGCACGCAGGAAAUCUUCUUCUAUUAGACGACGGUCGAAUAGGCUUUAUUGAUUUCGGUAUUGUUGGCCGAGUGAGCGACAAGACAUUCAAAGCAGUCAAUGAACUCAGUACCUCACUUGCUCUCGCAGACUACAAAGGAAUGGCACAAGCUCUUUGCAACAUGGGUGCUACAGAUGAAGAAGUUGACGUCGAAAAGUUUGGUCGCGAUAUCGAGGUAGUAAUGAAAAGAAUCGCGAGUGUGCAACCUGAUAUCACUAUUACGGAAAUGCAAGAUGGUGCUAUUGGUGGAACCCUCGACUUCGAUGAGACGGAGAUCACAAAUCUUCUACUGGAACUCGUCGAGAUUACUGAAGACAACGGCCUGAAGCUCCCGAGAGAGUUCGGCCUUCUGGUGAAGCAAAGUCUUUAUUUCGACCGUUACUUGAAGAUUCUCGCUCCUGAAUUGGAUGUUAUGAAUGAUGCGCGUGUCAGUGGACUUGGAGAAGAGGCACUGAAAACCACAAGUAUGCCUAUGGUGAACGGUUCGGGAGGCAACACGGACGAGUCGAUAGUGAUCGAUGUUUAACUUAAUUCGAGGAGAAGAUGCCAUGAAUUGAUACCGCGUUUUUCUCGAAAAUUGUGAUCCCCAGGUCAAUAGCUCCUGCAUAUCUUUCCAGCACAAAUAAACUUGAAGCUGGCGA